AUGCUGUUUCAGGUGCGCAAUUCUGCAGGAAAGAAUGAAGAUGUUAAAAACGGCCGGGUACCAUCUGACGAACUUUACACAAAAGCGAUAUUUACAAAUAUUAACUCAAGUUUAUUAAACACGACAAACGAUACUAUUGGAAAAGUUGCAAAUGUAAUAGAAGUACCUGAUAACUCGACGUAUAAAUAUGCAAAUCCUUUAAAACAAAAGGAAAAAUACAACUCUGAUGACAAACCGAUGAAUGACACAUUCAAAGGAGAAAUUUUAACUAAAGGAGGUAUUAAUGACAAUAAACUCAAAAGCGAUAGAAAGGUUUCAGGCAAAACCAGGAGAAAGAGACAGGCCGCUGAUUAUUACGACGAUUACGAAGGGGAUUACGAUCAUUCGCCUAAAUCAAAACCUACUGACGAUUAUUACGAUCAGUAUGAUCACGGUAAAAACCCCAGAAAUCAAGAUUACGACUCCUCGGAGAGAGACACGUACGAUAUCCAUGGAUACAAUAAAGAGACGGAAGCCACUCGAUCGCCGCAAAAACAAUACCAACCUGCAUAUACCAUCAAGGGCAAGGGUAAAUCUUCUUCCGGUUUACAUUCAGGCCGCCCGGUCGUAUUCAGUCAGGGCAAGCCCAAACGACCAGCCCAGUAUUACAAAGGUAACAGGCAUUACCCGGGUGGGGCAACAUCGACGAGUCAGAUGACAAUGAGCCACAAAACGGAACCAAACGGCGAUCACCAUCACCAUCAUUACUACGAUGGCUUAAAAGAAACGCACUACAGGCCGAAAGGAGUGAGCCAGACGACUUACGACAGCGACGGACCGGUCAAAGUGUACAGACAGCAGUCAGGCAAGCACAAGCACUACCACCACGUUAAGAUUCCAUCGAAGAACAACAAGGAAAUGACAUCUUCUGAAGAAGAGGAGUACUUCAACCCGGAAGAAUUGACGACCAAAGAACUCGAGGACAUUUACAAGACUUACGACGACGCGGAUAUAGCUCGGGACGUGUUCCUCGACACAAGGCCUAAAAGGCCGACCAAAACACUUUUCCCCCAAGUCGCCAAAAGCAAAGAAGAGGUUGAUAACAUUUUCAAAAAGGUUCAAGGUUACCUCAGCCGCAGUAAGCCAAAGUCAACUCGAAAAACGCCCAAUAAGCCCAAAAGUUACAAAAACUAUUGGGAGCUGGACUACCGCAUACGGAAAUAAAUAAUUUUGUA